GCGCGCACCGCCCAGCCAGCCCUCAUUUCCUCCCAGCCUCGUGCGGGAAAUGGAUUUGAUUCUCCCGGCAGGGCUGUGAGGGGCGAGCGGGAACGCAGCCUUUGUCAGCAAGCAGAGGCCUUUGCUCUCCGUGAUUCGCUCCGCCCGUGAUUCUCUGUGAUUCGCUGCCGGGGAGGGGGUUCCACGGUGCGGGGAUGCGGAGGAAACACGGCGCUGCAGACUAGCGGGGUGCAUUGAUGAGGCGCGCCCAGAAAGCGCAGCAGCCGGCUUCUCGCCUCUCAGUGGAAGAGCAGACCUGGAGGAGGAGAUGCCGCACCGGAGGUUCCAUCUGGAUGUUUGAGGGUGCAUAGAUGCGGCUGGCUUCCGCAAGGGAGAGCAGACUGAAGACUGAGUGAAGGACCUUGGACAAGGCCGGCCUGCUUCCUGCGUACUUGGAGCUGAGGACGGCAGCCCCACCUGGAGGAUGAGUGAGGGGACUGUUCCUCAAGUGGCCUCGCCGCCACCCCCCCAGAAUCAGCAAUGCUUUGACCGUUUCUCGGAGGAGGAGCCCGAGUACCUGCGCCUCCGCAGCCGGGCAGCAGACCUGCGGCAGGACUUCAACCUGAUGGAGCAGAAGAAGCGUGUCACCAUGAUCCUGCAGAGCCCGUCUUUCAGGGAGGAGCUGGAAGGCCUCAUUCAGGAGCAGAUGAAGAAGGGGAACAACUCCUCCAAUAUCUGGGCCCUGCGGCAGAUCGCGGACUUCAUGGCCAGCACCUCCCAAGCAGUCUUCCCAGCAUCUUCCAUGAACUUCUCCAUGAUGACGCCCAUCAAUGAUCUUCACACGGCUGACUCCCUGAACCUGGCCAAGGGAGAGCGGCUCAUGCGGUGCAAGAUCAGCAGCGUCUACCGGCUCCUGGACCUCUACGGCUGGGCCCAGCUGAGUGACACCUACGUCACGUUGAGAGUCAGCAAGGAGCAGGACCACUUUCUGAUUAGCCCUAAGGGAGUUUCUUGCAGUGAAGUUACAGCAUCCAGCCUGAUCAAGGUGAACAUCCUGGGAGAGGUGGUGGAGAAAGGCAGCAGCUGCUUCCCAGUGGACACAGCAGGCUUCUGUCUGCACUCGGCCAUCUAUGCGGCCAGGCCCGACGUGCGAUGCAUCAUCCACCUGCACACGCCGGCCACAGCAGCGGUGUCAGCCAUGAAGUGGGGCCUCCUGCCUGUCUCCCACAAUGCGCUGCUGGUGGGCGACAUGGCCUACUACGACUUCAAUGGGGAGAUGGAGCAGGAAGCUGAUCGCAUCAACCUGCAGAAGUGCCUUGGACCCACCUGCAAGAUCCUGGUGCUAAGAAAUCAUGGAGUGGUUGCUCUAGGUGACACCGUAGAGGAGGCGUUUUAUAAGGUCUUCCACCUGCAGGCCGCAUGUGAGAUUCAGGUGUCAGCUCUGCCCAGUGCCGGGGGAGUUGAGAACCUCAUCCUGCUGGAGAAGGAAAAGCACCAACCUCAUGAGGUGGGCUCUGUGCAGUGGGCCGGGAGCACCUUUGGUCCCAUGCAGAAGAGCCGGCUCGGGGAACAUGAGUUUGAAGCCCUCAUGAGGAUGCUGGACAACCUGGGCUACAGAACAGGUUACACGUACCGCCACCCUGUUGUGCAAGAGAAAACCAAGCACAAAAGUGAGGUGGAGAUCCCGGCCACGGUCACGGCCUUUGUGUUUGAGGAGGACGGGGCUCCAGUGCCUGCGCUGCGGCAGCAUGCGCAGAAGCAACAGAAGGAGAAGACGCGCUGGCUCAACACACCGAACACCUACCUGCGGGUCAACACGGCUGAUGAAGUCCAGAGGAGCAUGGGCGUUCCACGACCCAAGACCACGUGGAUGAAGGCUGAUGAGGUGGAGAAAUCCAGCAGCGGCAUGCCCAUACGAAUUGAAAACCCAAACCAAUUUGUGCCUCUCUAUACUGACCCCCAAGAAGUGCUGGACAUGAGGAACAAGAUCCGAGAGCAAAACCGGCAAGACGUGAAGUCAGCGGGGCCUCAGUCUCAACUCCUGGCCAGCGUCAUCUCCGAGAAGAGCCGAAGCCCGUCUACAGAGAGCCAGCUGAUGUCCAAGGGUGAUGCGGAUACCAAAGAUGACUCAGAGGAGACAGUGCCCAACCCCUUCAGCCAACUCACUGACCAGGAGUUGGAAGAGUACAAGAAAGAGGUGGAGAGGAAGAAGCUGGAGCUCGAUGGAGAGAAAGAAACUACUGUGGAGGAGCCUGGCUCACCUGCAAAGUCUGCACCUGCCUCUCCAGCAGAGAGCCCAACAAAGGCUGAGACUAAGAGCCCUGCGGUCUCUCCUUCCAAGGUUACAGAAGAAGGUGCUAAGACGACAGAGACAAGCAAAGACACCCCAGAGCCUGAAACAGCCCAGCCGGAAGGGGUGGUGGUGAAUGGGAGGGAGGAGGAGCCGUCAGCAGAGGAUGUCCUGAGCAAAGGCCUCGGCCAGAUGACCACCCACGGCGACACGGAUGUCGAGACCUCGAAGGACAAAACCGAGUCGGUCACCAGCGGCCCCAUGUCACCUGAAGGCUCUCCUUCUAAGUCUCCCUCAAAGAAGAAAAAGAAAUUCAGAACCCCCUCCUUCCUGAAAAAGAGCAAAAAGAAGGAGAAAGUGGAGUCCUGACUUGGGGCACCCAGGGGCUCCACUUUGCAUCCUCUUCCUCUUCCCCUGCCUUCUCCCUUCUCUGUCCCUGAAGGCUCAGGGCCACAACGGGGCAGAACUGGACCCUGGCUCCCACUUGCAGGGGGAACCCUGCAGAUUGCCUGGCCACUCCCUCAUUUGAGAGUCCCCACAGUGAAAUCAGGCGACUUGCCCAAAGUCAACAGCUCGUUCGCCUCAGAGCCUGCCCUAGCAUCAGGACUCCUAACUCUCAGUCCAGCAUUCUUCCCACUAAAUAACACUGCCUAGGUGUGGGCGGUCCUUGUCAGGAUGUUGCCCACCAAGCUGAGCCCAGGGCAAGAACACUGGAAAUGGACUGAGAGCUCUUGAAGGCUCAGACUAAGUCAGACAGGUCAGGGCUUCCUGCAUGAGGUCCACUUGCAUGCAGGAAUCCAGUCUCCUGCUGGUGGAUUCUCUCUCUCUCUCUCUCUCUCUCUCCAUUUAGAAAUCUCUCUUCUCUUCCAGUUUGGGUCCCUGUGUUUCUGCUCAAAGUAGCCAGACACUUUGACUCGUCCCCUCCAACAGAAGUUAAUCUUUGUCCCCAAGGGCUGAUGGCUUAGCAUGUCUUUCUCCAAAUCCUGAUCCUGAGCUUGCUUCAUGGAACCUCUUGAAUGAAGGAUGGAACUGUUGUCAGAGUUGUCAGAUAUGAGGGCAAGGCAAGGGAACCUGAUGGGGGCUGGUAUGACUCAUUAGUACACACCAGGAACUUGACCCCAUUUGAAUCAUACAAUCUCAGGCACUUCAAAACUAAAACCAAAUUGAGCAUAGGCAAGAGCUGUCUCAGGGCAGAAGUUGGGAGAAAUUGAAAUCCUUUGGUGGCUUUGGGUUGUGCAGGGUAGAUCAGAAGCAUGGAGGAAGUGUUGUCAUGCUGUGCCUUCCCAGCUGUGCAUGGCGAGUGGUGUCCCAUCUCUGUGGUCCUGUGUCAGGGGUUUCUGAGGCUCCCUCAGACCCAGGAGCACCUGCUUGUAAACCAUGACUCAUCUUUUUCUUGGCACCUGGACCCUGGCUCCUUUGGUUUCAGCUGGUUCCCCUGGUCCAGCAGAGGAGGAGCAGAGAGAAGCCCUUUGAGGCUCAUCCUCGCAGUGAGGAUGAUCCCAGGCCUGCCACUCUGUGACUCUCCCAGGGCCUGAGAGAAGCCACCGGUCUUGCUUUGGCUUCUACCAUACUGUUUUCACUUUUGUCCGCAGGAUACCCAUGUGUGAGUAUUGUUGACUCCUAACAGACAAUCCAUCUUUAAAGCACUGUGUCUUCCCCUUUGUCUUGAUUAUUGUAAAAAUAUUUUUGAACAUUCUCAAUCACAGUUCACCCAUUUUUGAGUAUUUUCUGUAUAGACACUGUGUUGACUUCCCACCCAUUAUCCUUAAUGCUAGUAAUACUCCUGUGAGGUGGCCAAGAUUAGUCCCAUUUUGGGAAUGAGGAAACUUAACCAUCAGAAGGCUUAUUGACUUGCCCUGGGUGACUUGAGUGGAAGGAUCCAGGUCCCAGAUUUGAACUUGGGUCAUCCUGAGUUCCAGCUCUAGUGAAUGGACAACUUUAAUUCACUUUAAUUCCCAGGUGUGACUGUUCUGAGCCUGGUCUUCAUUGCAUAGUGUCAGGCCUUGAAAGUCAGGUGUCAGCCUACCAGGUUGUAGCCACAACAGGGCACCUGAAGUUUCCAGUUAGCUUAGACUGGGGCAGUACCCAAGCAGACAUAUGGAAGAGAGACAAAGUAAGAGCCCAUGGUCCCAUGAUGACUGUUUUUUGAGAAGCAGAGAAUAGAUAUGUGACUAAGGAAAACCUACUACUCUAUGUCUGUCAUGCAGAUUCCUGAUGACAACCCAGGACCCCUUUCUCUGUUCUACUUGACUAAGGUUGCAUCCUAUGAGGGAGACACCCAAUAGUCAAAAGAUCUUCGUCACAGAAAAAUCUGUUAUGUAGGACAUGCCUUUAAAAAGCCAAUCAUGUGAUGCCUUCUAUUUAAAAAAUAGAUUAUUCAUUUAUACAUUCACUC